AUGGAUUUCUCACAGUUUAACGGAGCCGAGCAGGCGCAGAUGACCCGUUUGAUCGAGAAGAAGCAGAUGCAAGACUUCAUGAAGCUCUAUUCGGGGAUGGUCGAGCGGUGCUUCAACGCCUGCGCCCAGGAUUUCACUAGCAAAGCGCUCAGCACAAAUGAGAAGACAUGCGUCCAGAACUGCACCGACAAGUUCUUGAAGCACUCGGAGCGGGUAGGAGCAAGAUUCGCGGAGCACAACGCAGGUAUGUCAACUCUGGCUCGUGAACAGACGGGGUGCUGA